CUUUGGGUCGCUGCUAACGGCGCUUAUCGAAAUCCCCUCGCUAAAUGUGGUAUAGCAAUAGAUAUUCAAUGCUAUUUUUAUUGUUAAAACGGUAUUUUUAUCGUUAUUGGGCUGGCUGGGUUUGGUAACGCUGUUCACGUGUCAAAUAGUUGCUAUUGUAAGUUGAGGCCCAUCAAAUUUGUGCGUAUAAAGAUGGUAAUUUCUCCGCAAAAGGUUAUGAAGCACGUCGAGUUUGUAAAUCGCAUUCGAAAAAGCCUAUAUUAUGGCGUGGGAACAGUGGACUCAGAUAUGGAGGUGUCUUUGCCAUUUGCGGAGUACGCGUCAGAAAUGUUUUCUAAACCGCAUCGGGGCCACUCUUUGCAUCGUCUAAGUUGCGUGGCUGCUGCAAAUAUGCAGGCCACCCCGUGUUCUCUUAUUAUGGCUCUAAUCUACCUAGACCGAUUAAAUAUCACCGACCCGGGAUAUAGCUGCCGAAUCACACCACAAGAGCUGUUUGUGGUGUCACUGCAUGACAAAUAUUUCCAGAUGAUUUCGACUAAGUUUUAUGCAGGCCAUGAUGAACGCUUUUAUUUGGAAGACUGGGCUACUGAAGGCCAUAUGACCGAAGAAAGACUCAAGGAAAUUGAGCUGGAGUUUCUAUCUGCUAUGGACUGGAAUAUAUACAUAUCCAGCGAACUCUUUUUCGAUAAACUAAAAAAUAUUGAACGAUCGCUGGCCAAACGUCAAGGUUUGCGGAGAGGCUGGCUUACCUACAGUGAGCUGUCGCAGAUGAUGCCCAGCCUAGCAUGGACGAAAUUCCUACUAAAUAGUAUAUCAGUACUAGCAAUGAGUUAUGCAGCAAGUGUAAUAACUGUGGCAGGGGCCUUUUUUAUAGCCAGCCAAGUUCCAGGAACUUUGUGGCACCGCGGAGUAAAUACUGCACCAGAAUCAGCAUCACAUAGCUUGAAACCUGCGUCUUCGGCCACUUCUGUUAUAAAUGGCGAAUACUCCGUUUUAUUAUUAAACUUGGAACAGCAACUGUUGAAACUUAAGCAAAACUGGCCAGAGGAAGUUACUAAAAUACACUAUUCCAGUCAUCACUCCGUAACAUAUCUUCCGCUAAAGAACAACUUCCGAAAACUCGAAUUGAUUUUGUCGCAAGAAAGUGCAGAAGAGAAAUCGGUUUAUAUCACAUCACACUACACCGCGUGUGAAACCCGAAAUAGUUGGAUACAAAUAGGAAACCGUUGGAAGCACGCAAUAAAUGUUUCGGUUUUUUGGCAAGUAAUUACAAUGUAGCGAUCGCUUUUACAGCGACGGCUUAAGGUGUGGUGACAACUUAUUUGAAAAACAUCAAUUAGUUAAUAGUAAUCUCAUCGAACAGAAAAUUUCUUAUUACACAGAAAAAUUACUGCAGAUUGAUAACUCCUGUGAAACAGGAAUUUACAAUGUAAAUAGACAUAAAUUUUAAAAUUCAGAAAUUACAGUGGCUCCCCCGAUUAUUUUUUAUCAUACGAAAAAUUAAUUACAUAAUAGGAAUGCAAAACUGGCAUAUGUGUAUGUACGCGACUUUUCCUGCGCUUACAAAAUGAAAAACUUGUAUUAGAUUUUAACAUUGUUAUUCAUAACAUGAUUUAAAAACCUAUUAAUAUUACAAAAAAAUAAUUUUCAAAAAAUCACGUAGACCUAUAUUUUAUUAUUUUAUAGACGGGCGGUAUUUUCGAGUUACUUUUAGCUUUUAUACUUUCCGAAAUUAGAGAGGACAGACAGACAGACAUAAAUAUAUCAACUUUGCUAGUGCUACAUAGUUUUUCCCGAAUUCAAUAAUAUGACCUUUUACUCCACGAGAACGAGUAUUUUGUAAUUACCCAGUUCGGUGUCAACAAACACCAAAGCUAUAAUUUGUUUAAUAUUAUUUUCCCAGCAAGUAUCCGAUCGCUCUUAUGGCAGCCAUGAUAAAAUGAAAUUCGAAAUUCAGAACUAAAAAAUGUUAUUUCCAAGCAAAGGUGGUUAUUUACUUGUU